UUGCUAUUUCAGGACUGUGCCACUGAAGCAUCUGUAAUACGCAGUCGGAUAGAAAAGAAGAGUAAUAGUCUGCGGAGUCUACGAGAAAAGAUCAGCUCGCUGAAAGCUACGAUAGGGAAUCUCAAAAGUGACAUAAGUGGUCAAGACUCGAAACAAAGGGCUCUAGAAAGUAGCCGCAUAUCUUUUGAGAAACGGCGCGACCGUCUUAUAGAGCAGAUUGCUAAAUUUGAAGAAGAGUCGCAGUGUGAGAAGCGAAAGGAAGAGGUGGCUACGACGAAAGUGAAGUUAGAGAAGAUCAAUGCAAAG